ACGACCCCACCAGUGAUAUCCGAUCCUUAGUCCCCAAGAAACGACCAACACUAUCAUCAAGUCUUUACAUAAAUUAAACAUCCGCACAAUCGAAACACAAUUGAUUGCAAGAAUUCUUUGUGAUUAUUAAGAAAAAAAAGAAGCAGCAGAGCAAAGAUGGGUAUUGGAAAGCUUAAAAUUGGUGGGUCAUGGAGCGGAGUGUUGGAAGUAGAACUGGACGAUUGGACCGUCGCCAUGCUCAGACAAGAGGUGGCGAUUCGAUCAGACUGCGGUGGGCCCCACUGCUUAAACCUUAUUUGCUCCGGCAGGGUUUUAAGAGACGGCGACGGCACUGAAAAAUUAAGCCAAUUGGGCGUUAAAAAUAACUCCAAAAUUUUGGCGUUAAAGGUUUCUACUGAUCGAGAGGGCAAAUCGGUCAAAGAUGAAUUCUUGGCUGAGGAAGAGCGAUCCAAUAGGCUUUCUAGACUUAAAGCUGCUGCCACGUCAUUGUCAAGUAGACAUGCGGAUGGUUCGUUACCUGUUGAAGACUUCAAUCUUGAACUCGAAAAUCAGAGUGGCGAAAAAGUGCAGUUGGGAUCCGAAACUGACCAAAGGGCAAUAAUGAUGGGACUUAUGCUGCACGCAAACGCAAAAGCUCUCAUAAGAAGGGAACAAUAUGAAGAUGCUUUAGAAGUACUCACCAUGGGCGAGGAGGCGUUUUCCUUGUGCGAUCCGAAGUUGAUUGAGAUGGUUGAUAAUGUGUCGAUACUUCAAAUAGACAUGGUGUGGUGCUAUUUUAUGCUCCAUGAUAUAAGUUGGCUAUCAGUAGCUGGGGUCCGCCUUUCUAGAGCCAGAAAAGGUAUUGAGCGGGCCCACGGAAAGGAAUCUUCUCGCCUCAGGGUUCUCCAAGGAGGUCGCUAUCCCGAGUUAGCUUUGCACUUGAGGAUGGAGCUGUUAGAAGGAGUGGUUGCAUAUCACGGCGGUCAAUUGCAAAAGUCAAAGAAUGUGUUGACCGCAGCUCAAGCUAAAUACUUUCAGCUUCAAGUUCCGGAUGAAACACUGUCGUUAUUAAUGAGCAUGGGAUAUAAAGAACGCGAAUCGAAGAGGGCGCUCCGCAUGAACAACUUGGAUGUCGGAAGCGCUGUCGAUUUCCUCGUCGAGGAGAAAAUGAAGAAGGCACAAAAACGAGAGGAAAAUCUCCGACGACAGCAAGAAAUUAUGGAGCAAAAGCAAUAUGGAGUGACCCCCCUUCGGAAAGCUGUUGACAUACAGAAACUAAACGAAUUAGUCUCCAUUGGGUUUGAGAAAGAACUUGCCGCAGAGGCGCUCCGGAAAAAUGAAAAUGAUACGCAGAGUGCUCUAGAUGACUUAACGAACCCUGAAACAAAUUCUUCCUUACAAAAUGAAGUUAUAUCGAGGAAAAGGAAAAGAUUGCGUAAAGCGGCAACAGCUGCCAUUGAAAAACUUGUGUCCAUGGGUUUUGAUAGAGCAUCAGUGGAAGCAGCUGUUGGUGCAUUUGGGUCCGAAGAAGCAGCAUUGAAUCAUCUACUUGAACAACCCAACGGAAGUGCUGCCAAUCCGUCUGUUCCUUUGGCUGAAACUCAGGGCACACAAGUUGCGGAUAACAGUGUUUUGAAUGCUGAACAAGGAGGCAGCGGAGCGAGUCAAACGGGUCCAAGUGUGGUUGAACGGGAUGUGGAGAUGGAGGAAGAACUCACAGAGGAACUGCAAAACGCAGAUGCUUACUCAGACUAUGAUAUUGAAGUUAUUAAAGAAGGUGAAGCCAUAGCUCACUAUUUGGCUUUGCUCAAUUCUGCAGAUAAUAACAAUGCCUAGGAAACUUGUCUCACUAUCCCCUUCUUAUGUACAUAGUUUUUAUUCUGCACAGUUAACGGUUACUUAAAUUCUCUGACUUUUGUUCAACUGCUAGAAAAGUGGUAUAUUUCUCUAUUUUUCGAUUUUUUCGUAUUGUUAUAAAUUGAAGGGGCAAAUUACGGCCA